GUUUUAUUGCAUUAGCAUGUACUAGGUAGUAGGUGGGCUCCAUGCUGCAGUAUGCUCCAUGUUCUGCGCUGGGCAGUUUGCUGCGCUGUCUGUCGAGCCAUGCACGUGCAUUGUACUCUUUGGCGCCAAGUGCGGCAUAAAGGUACAUAUACAUGCCUUGAGCUACAGGUAUCAAUGCCAUACACGUAUUGGAAUCUGCAUCACCCAUGCCGUUUGGAAGCAGACGAGCACCAGAAAGGGACGCUCGUCACAUUUCCAAGCAACCAGACUCUUUUCUUCUUCUACGGGCAACCAAGGAGCGGUGAAGACGAUAUCACUUUUGACCACUUUCCGAUGCGAGAGUGGAGGGGGAACACCAUUAGUCUAAAGAUGGGCUCUCUUCUUUAUCUAGGGCCGAUUGCGAAUUGCGAGAGCGCAAAGAUGGGUGGGAAAUUAGCCAAGGAAAAAAAAAAAAAAAAAAAAAAAAAACACCCGACACAUGCGUUACGACUCGUGCGUUUUCGCUCUCUCCCCUCUUGCAUCGUUGCAUGAUAUUACGGGCUGCUGCAAGUUUAGCAGUGGGUUUUGCGCUAGGCUACACCACCUGAUUCUGCUGCCGCGUUGGACGCAUCCGGUGCUGAUUGAUUGAAGCCAGCACCGCAGCAGAGAUGCCAUGUAAAGGCACAUACG